UGCUGGGAGAAGGCCCCUUAGUGGCUCACAGGAGAAGGCCCACUUUAUUUUGUAAUUGGGGCAGUAGGCCUAUACGGAGGUGGUGAUGGUUGGGCUCGGUCUCACACUCUGGUGUGGUGAAGUGACAGAAGGUGGCGGGGAAGAGAAUCGAACGAUGAAGAAGGGCUUGGUGGUGUACAAGCUAUACAGAGCCCUGAGCUACGGCCUCUCGCCGUUAAUCCACCUCCACCUGCGGUGGCGCAGGUUUCUCGGCCUAGAACACCCUCUCCGGUGGCCGGAGCGCCUCGGCCACCCUUCUCGGCCUCGGCGACCGGGCCCACUCCUCUGGUUCCAUGCCGUUUCCUUAGGCGAAGGAAUGAUCGCCAUUCCCGUAAUCAAACACUGCAUUCGCAGAAUGCCUCACUUGCAUGUGCUCAUGACCAUCACCACUAUGUCUGCUUUUGAAGUAUUAAGCAAGUCGCUUCCCAGUGAAAUAAUUUUACAGUUUUCGCCUGUUGACACCCCUACUUCCAUCCAUUCUUUCCUUGAUUAUUGGAAACCAAAUGCUAUUGUGCUAAUGGAAAGUGAACUCUGGCCAAAUCUUAUCAUGGAUGCUUCUAGAAAUGGUAUAACACUGGCACUUUUAAAUGCUCGGAUAUCGGAGAAGUCCUUUAAAUAUUGGUCAGGACCAGUGCUUCUACCAUUAAUUUCAUUGAUGUUAUCAAAGUUUUCAUUGAUUGUGCCUUUGAGUACGGAGCAGGGUAUCCGCUUACAGCUGCUACAGGCCCCUCCUCAUAUCAUUCACUUUUCUGGUGAUUUAAAAUAUGUUAUAGAGGAUUUUGGAGUCCACGACAGAGGCCGAAAUAAUAUAGAAAAUCUGAGAGUACAGCUUACUCAAAAGAAGGUUUGGAUGGCUUCUUCCAUUCAUAGGGGAGAAGAAGAAAUAAUAUUAGGUGUUCACUUUGCCCUUAUGCAGCAACAACCUAACAUACUGACAAUUAUUGUCCCUCGGCAUCUACAACAAGGAAGAGAGAUUGCCAGAAAAUUGGAGAAAGAAGGACAAAAUGUGCUUUUGAGGUCUCAAUAUGAGAAGUUUAAGGCCGGAACUAACAUUUAUGUGGUAGACACACUGGGUGAAUUAAGACAAUUGUACACAUUAACACCAAUAGCUGUGAUUGGGGGUUCAUUACUUCCUGGUUUAUCUGGCCAUAACAUCUCCGAAGCUGCUGCAGCUGGAUGUGCUGUUCUGACAGGUUGUCACGUUGGGCAUUUCUCCCACAUGGUACUGGAAAUGCAACGAUCAAAUCCUUUGUCAGUUCUUCAGGUUUCUGGUAAACUUGAGCUUGAAAAGGCUCUCCUUGAGCUCUUCACCAAUGCAACACUUCUGGAGGCACGUGGAAGAGCCGCUAAGGAAGUGUUUUGCAGUUUGUCCUGUGGCAUUGUUGAGAAAACAUGGAGUUUACUAAAUUUUCACAUUUUUGAUAGAUUCUCUUCAGAGGAAUCCAAGAGUCUAAGACUAUGAGAAAUGAAGUUUCAUAUUCUCAACAAAUUUUCUUUCGGACUGAAACCGUUUAUUGGAUUCAUUUACCGAGCGAUAGAAGGCUGAAGCACACUCAAGUUGCAACCCCAUUUCACAUUUAUGGUUAUCUGAAUAUAGACAAAAUCAAGUAAAAUAAAAUGUUUAUUUUAUAUUAAAGAAAUGUUGUAAAUUAUUUUUGUGUAGUACAUUAACAUCAA